CGCCGAGUUUUUCCUCGAGUGCCACGUGGUCGGAUGGGCGUAUCCUAAGCAGACGUGAACGUUGACCGGCCGCGCGGGAAUGAGGAAACUCUCUCGGGAUCGGACGGCGUACGGCUAAUUCGGGACCUGGCCGUGACCACGACACGAGACCCGCUCGCACGAGAAACGACGUCAUCCCAGGGAACGACGUCACUCAAUCGUGAGGCCGGCGCGACGGCAGUAAUACGAGGGACGAGUCGACCGGUGAACGUCCAGGAUCCCCGAGGCUCCGGGCGAGAAGAAUUAUCGUUGCCAGGCCCGAGAGGACGGUCCGAUGGAGCGGGAGGACGCGUAUGGAAUCGCAGAAGGGGACGCUAACGGGGACACGGAGGACACGGCGACCGCGAGCGAGCGUGGCACGCCGGAAGGAUUCGACUCCCUCGAGGAUUCGACCGCGUCGCUGGAGAUGGAGCAGUCGGAGACCGGUCGCAGAACGAGUAUCUUCAAGUUUUACUCGUACAAGAGCGCAGAUACAAUGCCGAGCGCGGUGAAAAAAAUAGGACCCCUUGUCGGCGUGGUUGAUGUUGGUACACGAACUGUUCGCUUUGUGGUAUUUAAUGCGAAGCACGUCGCGGAGAUUGCCUCUCAUCAAAUCGACAUAGAGCAAAUCAGUCCGCAAGAGGGAUGGAUGGAACAGGAUCCCAAAGAGAUCCUUUUUGCGGUAAAGGCCUGCAUUAAGGACGUAAUUCGCAAAUUGGACGUGCUGGGUAUGAAGAUCGACGAUAUCGUUACAGUGGGUAUUACCAACCAGAGGGAAACUACAGUAGUGUGGGACGCGACUACCGGCGACCCGCUUUAUAAUGCCAUAGUGUGGUCCGACAUCAGAACUGACGCGAUGGUAGACCAGAUCAUAGCCAAGUUUCCGGAUCAGAGUAAAAACCAUUUGAAACCCUUAUGCGGCUUGCCCGUGAGCCCGUACUUCUCGGCUCUGAAGAUUCGUUGGUUGAAGGACAACGUAAAGCCCGUAAGGAAAGCGAUUCGCGAGAGAAGGUGCAAAGUGGGGACCAUGGAUACGUGGGUUAUUUGGAACUUAACAGGGGGCAAAGAUGGAGGACUAUAUAUCACUGAUGUUACAAACGCGUCGAGAACGAUGCUAAUGAAUAUUGAAACGCUCUCCUGGGAUCCUACAUUAUGCAGAUAUUUCGACAUUCCUAUGCAAAUGCUGCCGGAGAUCAAAAGCAGCUCCGAGAUAUACGGCAAAAUCUUAAUCGGUCCGCUGGCUGGCAUUCCCAUAUCUGGCAUUUUAGGAAAUCAACAAUCUGCUUUGGUCGGGCAGAAUUGCUUGAAGAAAGGCCAAGCGAAAAAUACAUAUAGAAGUGGCUGUUUUCUAUUGUGUAACACAGGGCAUACUAGAGUAUAUUCUUCUCAUGGAUUGGUUACAACUGUCGCAUAUCAGUUAGGUCCAAAGAGUCCACCUGUUUACGCGUUGGAAGGUUCGAUCGCAGUCGCAGGUGCAGCUAUUAAAUGGCUACGGGAUAACAUGAAGCUCAUAAAGGACGUUCAUGAAAGUGAACAUUUGGCUCAAAGCGUCUUUAGCACGGGAGAUGUCUACUUUGUGCCCGCUUUCACAGGAUUGUACGCACCUUAUUGGAGAAAGGAUGCAAGGGGAAUAAUUUGUGGACUUACUGCGUUUACUACGAAGCAACAUAUAAUCAGGGCGUCCCUCGAAGCGGUGUGCUUCCAAACCAGGGACAUUCUUGAGGCGAUGCAUAAAGAUUGCGGAUUUCCGUUAACGAAGUUGAACACGGACGGGAAAAUGUCAACUAAUAAUCUUCUAAUGCAACUGCAAGCCGACUUGUGCGGUACGCCAGUAUUUAGGUCAACUAUGCCUGACAUCACGGCCUUGGGUGUAGCGAUGGCUGCCGGACACGCUGAAGGGAUAGAUGUUUGGGACCUGGAAGGCGAAGAAGUAGAAACAGUGCCAACCGACACUUUUCUUCCGACUAUCACGCCGGAAGAGAGAGACGCGAGGUAUAAGAAAUGGAAAAUGGCAGUGCAAAGGAGCCUAGGUUGGGCGACAGGAAAAAUGUCCGACCAAAUGACAGAUGAAAGGUACUGCAUACUGGCGUCGAUUCCUGCCAGUUGGUUCUUAAUAUCGAGCUUCGUUCUACUGCGGUUAAGUUAUUACCUAGCGAACCGGUGACGGCAAGUCAACGUUAUCGAUGCGCAAGUUACUUUAGACGGCAGAUAGCCCUAAUUGCAGCCCGGAAGAAAACUUAGCGGAAGUGACGUAAAACUUACUCAUUCACACGUGCAACGGCGUGUGCGACGACGAGUAAUGUAUUGUGAAAUUGAUCAGAGAGAUAAAAAUUGCUUCUUUAGGUAUGUUCCAUACUCUUCGGUCCGCCUUAUGAGUGCUAACGUUUCAUCGAGGACAAGUGAAAUAGUACCAAUCACUGGUCUCUGGAUUCUAAAACUUAAUAACGCAGUUAAAGCACAAAAUACAUUAUAUGUUAUUUAUUUGUGUAUUUUAGUCUCUGUAAAAUAACGCCAGCCCAUUUCUUGUGGGAUACCCAAUGAAUUUAAUAUCCGAGUUUUUGUGGGACUUGUACUGUGAAGUUACUUCGUCGUGUGCACGUAAUCCUGUCUCUGAUUAUUUAUUGUAAAGAUCAUAUGUAUACACAAUUUUCAAUUAUAUGUAUCAUAGAACUAGGAA